AUGGAGAAAUCAACGAUGGUUGUGGGGCUCGACGAAAGUGACCACAGCUUCUACGCCUUGGAGUGGACUCUGCAGCACUUCUUCUCCCCCUCGCCGGAAAAUUCCCAUUUCAAGCUCGUCGUCGUUCACGCCAAGCCCUUGCCGUCGACCGCCGUCGGCUUCGGCGGCCUCGGUUCUGUGGAUGUGCUGCCGAUUGUGGAGGCGGAUUUGAAGAAGACUGCCGAAAGGGUCGUGAAGAAGGCUAAGGAUCUGUGCACACAAAAAUCUGUGAAUAAUGUGAUAUUCGAGGUUGUUGAUGGUGAUGCGAGGAAUGUUAUGUGUGAGGCUGUAGAAAAGCACCAUGCUUCCGUGUUAGUUGUUGGCAGCCAUGGUUAUGGAGCUAUUAAGAGGGCCGUUUUGGGCAGUGUAAGUGAUUAUUGCGCUCACCAUGCCCACUGCUCGGUGAUGAUCGUCAAGAAGCCCAAGAUCAAGCACUAG